AUGAACGAAAGUGUGGCUGGAAAUCCAGCAGAUAAGCAGUCACAAUACCCUCCUCAUCAAUAUCAACGCUUAUCUUCUGCUCAUUCCAUCCAACUAUUCCGACUGACAGGCUUUAACCCUAAGGCCAAGCAAUUCCAUGGCAAUUUCUUCGAAAGGAACUCGGACGAUCACACUGUUUCUGAAGCACAUAACACCAAAUACACAGCUCUUUCUUAUACUUGGGGCGCAGCUAUUGAGGGUGAGAAUGAAGACGUAGACGAGCCUUGGAUUGUUGUGAUACACGAGACCACUCGCGAUGACGAUGGUACUGAAAAAGCUAUUGCUACAUCCAUCGCAAUCCAACAAAAUCUUGCCACCUAUCUAAAAGCCCUUUCAUCCUUUCAUAUGCGCAAUGGUCUAGUCCUUUCCUUCGCCAUCUGGAUUGACGCCAUUUCUAUCGAUCAGACGAACGAUGAAGAAAGAACGAUACAGAUAAGUCUCAUGGGCAACAUAUACAGAGAAGCAUUACAGGUACAUAUAUGGCUUGGAGAAUCCAACAGUAACUGGGAGGCAUUCAUGUGGAUCCACCUACACGUACUUCCAGAACUCCGGAGUUUCUACGACCUCGAGGGUGUUACUAGAUGUGUGGACAUGAUGUCUGGAUACGACCCAAUCAAGGAGGAGUUUUGGGACAAGUACAUGCCACAUCUCCAGCCGUUGGAUAUGGGCGGCAAAGUCUCCUGGAAGGAUUGCUGGGAGUCGUAUUGGUACUUCCUGUAUGAGCGCCGAUGGUUUCGAAGGGCGUGGACGUACCAGGAAGUCUUGCUGGCUCGCCACCCUAGCAUCAUCUGUGGACCAAGCUAUGAAAGUGUGAGCUUUGAUUCAGUCGCGAUAAUAUCUUCGCUUCUUCUCAAAAGCGGUUGGGGAAAUCAGCUAAAUUUACGGUUUCCCAGUUACAAAACUGUGGAAAACGGUCCGCACAUCAUGCCUGCGUACAUUGGUCGGGAGAAAAAUACCAUUUCGAAAUACAUUUCUGAAACGCCGUUUCUGAAACCUGUGGCUAUACUCAUGUCUGAAGGUUCAUGGGUAGAGUUCUGGUCUGAAAUUUGUUAUUCGAUGCAGAAUCGAGAGUGUACUUUCAUGGAAGACAGGAUACAUGCUACCAUUGGCAUCAUGAACGCAAUUCGCCCUCCGAGUGUGUCCGAGGAAUUACUCCAAGAGCCCAAAGGGAUGAGUGUCGAGCAAAUGUAUUACUGGGCGGGUAGUCUCUUUCUUCGCAAGUCUCUUAACCUGAACUAUCUGUCCUAUAUAGGUCAACCUUCUAAGUCGAACCCAGGAUGGAUCGUAAAUCAUUCGAGAAUGAACGAAUUCAUACCAAUUGCAAAUAACGUGGACCCAUUCGAUGCCUGUCCUUUGCGAUACCAUAGGCAAGUCACGAUCGUCGAUAACACACUUAUAGGCGCUGGGGUGAAGGUUGAUACCAUCCGAUCUUGUAGUUACCCCCACAUGUUGGCUCUCCCCGAAUGGUGUCUGUACUAUUCAACUCACCUUUCUCAAACAUACCACCCUUGUGCAGCAUGUCAGAGCAGCAUCGAGGCUGUCUGGAGAACUCUGGUUUGGAACCAUAACAGACAUCGGAUUUCUGCUGAAGACAGCUGGGGAGGAGAGUUCAAAGAGUGGCUCGAGAGUAUUAUGAUCAUCAAGUUCCUCUUACCGAAGUUCCGCGCCGUUUUACCCGGAGAAGGCUGGGAGCAAACUGCCAACGAAUGGCUCCAGCAAGUCGAGUUUGUUGGCUGGAAGUCCAACUAUCUGGCGACACCUUCCAUAAGAGUCAUCAGAGCAAAGAUAGCUUGUAUCAGCAAACACCCAGCUUGGCCUUCAGUGCGAGCGAUGUAUACGACUUCUCCCUCUUUAAUAGAGCUUUCCCCAGACGUUGGAGCCGCGAUCGAACCUUUUAGAGACGUGUUGGACAAAGCGUUUCAUUCAAACUUCUACCGGGAACUGGCACGAAUUACCUGGAAUCGAAAGUUGAUUGGCACUCGGUCAGGAUAUAUUGGAAUGGCUCACAAUCGAUGUGAAAUAGGGGACGAAAUUUGGCUCCUAGCUGGCGGGCAGGUACCCUAUGUACUACGGCCCUGCGAUGCGAAGCCACAUGAGUCGAACGACUCUACGCCUAGGUACACAUUCCAAGGAGACUGUUACAUUCAUGGCAUCAUGGAGGGAGAGUUUUUCGAAGGAAAGCAGCAAGACGAGAUAAGCUUCGAGACGGUGCACAUCCUGUGAUUGUCGCGCGUGAAUAAGGC